AUGGCUCCACGUCAGCCUGGCCUGCUUCAGCCAACUUUCAGUCGCGCGUCCUGUUGGAGAGUUCGCAAGAGCAAAUGGCAGAACAACAUCCAUGAUUUCUGCAACAUUUAUCUUAUCAAACAGCAAGUGCUUUUGGUGGCAUUGCUGUUGUAUGCUCGUGACCGACCCUUGAUCCCUAUGGAAUACUCCCCGGGUGAGCUUGCCACCGCCCUAGAACAUGUUGCGGUGAUCCGGAGCCGAUUUAGAUGUGGACAUUCAUUCAUCCAGUGGCCCACCCCGCUUUAUGAAUUGGAAGAGAAUCCGGAGUGGGAGCAUCAUCCAGUUUGUACCAAAUCCCUCCAACUGAAUGUGGAUGCAAUCAUCACGAUGGUGGCUAUUUUUCAUGGUUGUUUCGUGGAUAUCUACCAACUUCAAGACGAGGACAAGCGUGUGAGGAUCCUGUUCAACAUGAUUGCUCGGCUGCGCAAAGAGUGGGCAUGGAGCGCUGACAGUGGGGAUCACCCUGUGGCUUCUGACCAAGGGGUCAACGUUCCAAUGCCUGUUGAUGAUGAUACAUUCUUUGAGGAUGAUGAUGGUGAUGACACAAGUCCCUUUGAAAUGCCCCAGAAAAAAAUUCAGCGGAAGGGGGCUGGCUUGUACGGUGACCAGUGCGUUGAGUCUGAAAGCCCAGCCAAUUUGAAGUUGAAAGAAAUGGGGAUUCCUGUUGAGAUGACCAUGGCAGAAGAGUUGGAACUUCAGAAGGUCUUGCAGGCCAUCGCUGAUUUGGAGGAAGUGCCUACAUCAACAAAGUCAUAA